UUUGAACAUGGCGGAUGGUCAGGUGUGACGAAGAAACAGAAAGCAAAACAAAAUUGGAAUUAUGGCCUUGGAUGGCGAGGAAAGUACCCCGGUCCCAAAUUUGGCUCUAGAAGCGAUUGUUAAGCCUACACUCCGUGAGUUAGAGCCAUUUUAUGAUGAUGAAGCUGUUGAAAAGCUCCGAACUGCUUUUGCCAAGGUUGAGAAUGAUAUACCAGGGAUAACACAACAACUUGUUGGAGAAAUUUUGAAGUCAGCAUCAUUAUCAGUGAACAUGAAUGAAGUUCUUCUUCUCUGUGCUGCUCAAAACAGUGAAGAUUAUACUUUUAAAGUCCAAGGAGAGGAAUUCAAUGCAUUGUUGAAAAAAGCAAAAGACUUAAAGACCAUAUUAGCAAAAAUUCCAGCUGAAAUUGGCAACAGGCAAAAGUUCUUGCAGACCAUUAAGGAUAUUGCUACUGCUAUAAGGGACCUGCUAGAUGCAGUGAAUGAGGUUUUCAAGAAGUGUCAGAAUGUUGGGAAGGUGGCACAAUAUAAAGAGGGUCUUGAGAGGAACAAAAAGGAAUUUGUUAAAUAUUCCAAAAACUUCAGUGAUACUCUAAAGCAGUAUUUUAAAGAUCAAAGGUCGGAGGCAGUAUAUGUUAGCGCGAACAGACUCAUCAACCAGACAAACCAUAUUUUGUAUAUGUUUAGAUUAGCUACAAGCCCAUAGAUAAAUUUGUAAAAUAUCCUCAGGACUUGCCUUUGUAUUCAGCUGAGUCAAUCUUAACGGGAGCGAUGCCUGUUUUAAUAUUUAUGUAAACAGAGACUGAUUCUUACAUGUACAAGCAAACCUAAUUUUGUUGUUAGGGGCGAAAAAGACAAUGGUUCACAUUGAAAAGGCUGAAGAAACCAUUUGUGAAACAGAAUGGAAUCAUGGAUAUCUUGGAAAACAUAGUGAAAUUUACAAGGCGUGGAAUACUUGUUUCCGCUUCAGUUUCCUCAUAUUCUCUUCUCGCAUUUUCUCUUGUAUGGAUUCGGCAAAUUUGGGUGAUUCUCUUAACCAUCUUUUUGUACUUUUCUAGAAUUGUAGAAUUAAAUCUUUGUUUUCUAGACAACAAAAUCUCAUAAAAUUUACUCUCGAGUUUCAAGAAUGUAAUACCGAUGUGACAGCGAUAAACGCAUCAGAGAUUGGCGUAUAUGACGCUCACCAUAAGGGAAUGGCCAACUUACCACCUAUUACAGUUUGAACAUUUUAUUUUUCAGGCUUUAUGUUCCUUGCUGUUACUACUUCACUGAUUACUCCCAAAUAAGUUAGCGAACAAUUCUUAUAAAGAUUUCCUUAAUUAUUCCCCACUAAUGUCUGUUUCGAAAAAUAAAAUAAAAAAGA